AUGGCUUCUCAGCAAUCCGCCGACACUCCCCCCGCAGCUCGACCAAGCCCAGACAGACUCUCCUCCUACUCACAUCAACCAAGUACGGCUUCUACAGCCAGCCGUGAAACCCCCAAGAGAGCACAUACUUUCCACUCCCCUUCGCCUUCCGAAAAGCAUGGAGAUGCCGGAGCCAGCGCCGAGGCUCCCGACACAUUUGACACUGCCGAGAAUUCCGACAACGAUGAGCCUCCUGAGAUCACGCGAGCAUCCAUUGAGCUUGACGAUCUACCAAUCGAGCUAAUUACCUUGACUGAUAGCUUCGUCGAAUCACUCUCUGCCAAAGUCCACUCCACUCCGCCGAAUAUCGCCAAGCUAUCCCAGCUUUUUCAAGAAUUCUAUACUACAGCAUCUUCUCAUAUUGGCACCCAUAUUAGCGCCCUCGCCUCGCGCCAAAGCCCCUCGUUGGGCUCAAAAGACAAAUCAAAGGCAGAAAAUGAACAGCAGAUGAUUACACCCGAAGAGCUAGCAAAUAGAAAGAAGGCAAGGAAAGCUCUAGAGGCGAAACGAAGUUUGCUCGAGGAGGCCGUUGAAAGGAGGCUCUGCGAGGGUAUAUACGACCGAAUUUAUCGCCACAGGAGUACACAGGAUGAGGCUCAGGAUGCAAAGCUUAGAUCCAAGACCGCCGCAUUGUCCCUCGUUGGCAUUGGCCCUUCAGACCUCGGGAUAGACUUGGGUGAAGUGGACGCCCAAACCGAAAAAUCAACCGCCGAGAGGACAGAAAUUAUCCGUGGUCAGCUUGAGUCUGCCAGAAAAGACCUAGUUCGAAUGGGCGAGUCAAGGUAUCCUCUUGGGAAACUAAACCGUCUCAAGGCAGCGCAUAAGAGCAUCGUCGAUACACUUGCUCAGUUUCAUCCUUCAGCCUCUGCGGAUGAAAUCAUGCCGAUGCUUAUUUACACACUCAUCACGCUCCCCCCUGAACACCUCAACGUUAUCAGCGACCUCAAUUUCAUCCAAAGCUUUCGAUGGGAGCAAAAACUGACGGGUGAAGAGGCAUACUGCCUUACAAACCUCGAGGCUGCCAUCAGCUUCCUGCAAACGGUUGAUCUUGCAACUUUGAGAGAAGACGAGCGCCCAUCAGGGCCGGUCAAGACCCCGGGGCAACCCGCAACUCCUAGAGUGGAAACAUUCCCACCAGCAUACUCACAGGGACUUACAACUUCACCGCAGAGUACAUCUGCAGUCAACACUGAAAAUGCUACCGCUCCAAAGCCCGAAUCAUCACCCAGCCUCAAGCCAGCUUCGACUGUCAAGAACCGGAGACUGAGCGACUUGAUCAACACACCCACCCAGGCAUUUGGUGCCGCUAGUGAUGCCGUUUUUACCACAGCCGAUCAAGGACUCAAAACCAUCUCAAACAGUCUGGGCGAGAGUUAUAGUUUCCUUCUCGGCAAGCUUAAGGAGCGUCAAGAGGAUCCCAAGGAGCCCAUUGCCGUCCCAAAGACCCUAGACGAUGCUCGCAAGCUUGUUAGCACCCCACCUCCCGAAGAUGAAGACACUACCAUCUCCUUAGCAGCGGCAGCGGCAGAUACAGAUCAAGUCAAACCCCAAAAUGGACGGGAUGAUCGUGUAUUAAGCAUAAUUGGCGGCCGUCGCGAUCAUAGCACAGACAGCGCCCGCAGUGGUCGCAGCGCGAGCUCCUCUAAAAAGGUGCUCUUUGCAGCAGAGGAUGCAAAAGCCGGCGCCGCCUCUCCUGCACCAGCUCAGCCAGCCAUGCUGGACCAAAUGCGAAACUUGGGCAACACAUUCAACCCCAUGGCCCGACUCUCCGGCAUCAGCCUCGUCCGAGGCUUUGGCCGAAGUGUAUCCACCCCCGUUGUCACUCCUCCCAAGGACGCAAAGGACGCCACCAAGGAUAGCAAAGACAAAGACUCGAAAGAUGCAAAGGACGGCGUGAAGCCAACUGAUGGAGGAGAUUUGGCAACUGCAUUCCCCGACAUCGCAGGCAUCCUACCACCGAAAGAAAUCCCCAAAAUCAGCCCUCCCAAUAAACGGUUCAUGGAGCUUCAGAAUCCGGGCGAUCUGAGGCUCAGUGAGGUAUUAGAUCUGCUAAAGGACUAUCGUCGCCUUGCUGGCGCCCUGAAGAACAUGGGCGCCUUUGAGGACAAAUAA